GGAGCAUCGGCAAGUUGUGGUGAGGAAAGGUACCAUAACAGUCCCCCGCCCUUCCUCCAAAAGUAAAAGUAAACGUCGAUGACGGUGGAGAGCAUUGAAGGACGCAUCGAGACGGAACAGCUGUUAUUGCAUCCAGGGAAGACUCCACAAAAUAUUUCCCUUUGAAGUACACACACACACACACUCCCACAUACACCAUACAACAGGCGGGCCCUUGACAGACGCUGCAUACGGCCCCUCCCACGAAUCGAGAAACGGCGGUUAUUUUUGAGUUUCCCUUUAUUGCGUUGUUCCCGCCUUCGCUGCGGUGCUUCGCAUCGUAACGCAGCGGAUCCACUUCUAAUCGUAAGUUAUACUUAACUACUAAAAACGAUAAACAUAUUUUCUCUCUCUUUAGUUCUCUCUCAGCGGACGAACACGUUCGUCACCACCGCCAUCCCUUCUUUGUAUUGUUGUUACGCUGUUCUCGCGUAUUCCACAUCAGCGGUGCCACAGGAGAGGUAGCUGCGACGCGGCGAGUCAGCUUGUCGUCGUGUGUUUUUCUGUUGCUGCUGCGGUGAACUUGGGGUUUCUUUUUCUUUUUCCUUUAUCGCCUGGAGCGAUCGCUGAAGCUGCUGGCAUCUCCAUUUGACCUUCAUUAGUUCGUGUUUCGUGUUUGUCCAAGCAGGUCUCGCUGCGUGUGCGUGAGUGUGUGCUUUGAACUACGCGUGCUCCGCUGAACCCUGAAGUGCGGUGUGCGCGUGCUCACGGCGGCGUCGCGUUGCCUCAACUCGACUACCUGCGACGUACACCUUCCUGUUGAGGGUUUUUUUUUUCGCCCCUCACGCGUCGUACAGCAGAAGGAGAAAGGGCGAGUACCGCUGUGUCGGUGUGUGUGUGUGUGCGGGUGUGUGCGUGUACCCUCCUGCACGUUGAUUUGUAAUGUCCUCCACGGUCGACUUCACCGAGGCGCUGCAGCUCACCCACAGCUUCGACCCCAGCGCGUCGCAGAAUGCCCGCCUCGACGCCGAACGCUACUUGAUGGACCUCCGUGAAAGUGCGGAGGGCUUGAACCUGAGCUUCCACAUUAUCAGCAACGAGGCUGUGAACGAGAUUCGCUGCUUCUGGGCCUUCAACACGAUUAUGCACCACCUGCCGAUGCUCGCGACCACCGUCGACGCCACGCAGGCGAACGAGCUUUACCGCACGCUGUUUUCGUUUAUUCACCGUUACCUCUUUGCCUCGCCGACGGUGGUCCCGGCGGACUUCAUCGUGAACAAGCACGCCCAAAUGAUGGUGGUGGGGCUGCAGUGCUUUUAUCCCUCCCCUUGGUCCACCAUCUUUGACGAUCUGUUUGAGAUGCUCCACCGCCGGCAGUCUUCGCCCUACCUGCCCAGCGCUGACCUCGUGACGGUGUACGUGCUGCGCGUCUUCGAGUACGUGGACGAACGCGUGGUUUGUGUGCGGGACCGCCAAGAGCGCGGCAAGCAGCAGCGAGCACGGGAUAUGGCCCUGAAGGACGCGAUGCGAGAGGGGGUGAUCCCGCGGGCGGUGGAUAUGUGGUACACCACGCUCCUCAGCGAUGCCCGGGUGCGGACGCCGGAGACGGCGAAGCUGUGCUUGAGCGUCGUGCAGACCUACAUUGAGUGGGUCGACGUGGCGCUCUUCAUCACCGCUGAUUGGAUCAACCUGCUUUACUUUUUACUGACGGUGCCGCCGCUGCGCAUCGCCGCCUGCGAGUGUCUGCUGUCGCUAGUGGAGAAGAAGCAGAUGCCGGGAAUGAAGAUGGAGUCGCUGCGCACCUUGAACGUGGUCGAUGCCCUGUCGCGGAUGGCCUCGCUCUUCGAGUUGCCGCCCCCGUCGGAGGAGGCCGUUCUGUUUAUUGAAGCCGUGGCGAAGCUGACGGUGGCGGUCGCCGAGCAAUUUCUCUCCCUCCUCGAGACCUGCUCCUCCACGCUGAACCACGAGACGGCGGCGGCGGCGCCGGUGGCCUCGAUCGAGGUGGACGGCGUCGUGCUGCAGGACCGUCCGUUCAGCGUCACAAGCGAACUACUCGAAGGGCUCUCGCGUGCCCUGCACGCGGUGGUGGCGCAAGUUAUUUUGACUCUGCAGUUGAACCUCUUCGACGUGCGCGACGCACUGCUGGGAUUCCUGCAGGUGUACUUGAAGAGUUCAUUUCUGCUAGAGGCGGAGGCAGUUGAGUUGCUGUCGACACUGUUUCGCCAAACGCGCAUCCCUGGCGUUGGCCACGACGAAGACCGCAUCUGGGACGACGCGGUGAUCGACCAGCGCAAGGCGUUGCACAACUUACUUCGCCUUCUGUAUCGCCGCCACCCGGACCUGGUGAUGAACCACCUGCAGCGCGUGCUGCUGACGGGGCUUGACCGUCUGACCAGCUCCGGCGCGGUCCCUUCCAUGCGCAACGGUGUGUCAGCCACCACCGCAGCAGCAGCCGCCUCGGACAGCGAUGACUGCGACUUCAGCAACCCCGAGGUGCUGGAAGCCGCCUUGCGUUACUUCUAUGAAAUCGGUGAGUCGCUCCGGCUAGAAGGGCUGAAGGACCCGAAUGAGGUCAGCACACAGCUGCUGCAGCGCUUGUUGACGACCGAGGCGGUGGUAAGCGGCGACGCCACCUGCGUCCACCUCGCCUUCUUUGAAGUUCUCGGCCGCUACUACCUGUUCUUCACGUACCACCAGGUGUACAUUCCACUGCUCCUGCAGCGACUGCUGCUUCAGCCGUGCGGGGUGAUGAACAGCAGCGAUCGCGUCCGGGCGCGUAUCUGCUACCUGUUUGGCUACCUGCUCCAGGUGUUGAAAGGGCAGUUGGGUAUGUACGCGCCGGAUAUGGUGAACGCCCUGCACAGCAUCGUGACGACGGCACCGCAGCUGCAGACCAGCGAUCGUCGGGAGCUCUAUGAGGCGACCGGCAUAUUGCUGAGCAUUUGCAAUGAGGAGAGCAGCACGGCGCCUCCGGAGGAAACACUCGUGAAGGAGUCGGAGGCGCUGGCGCUGCUGGCGGCGGCCACCGCGGGCCGCCACCCAAGCACUGCGGUGCCCGACGAGGUGCUAGCGCAAACAGCGACGUUGCUCGGGCGCAAGGCGGAGUUGGUGCGGGCCGUGAUGAACUCCGCGAUUGACGGGAUGCUGCGCGCGAGUGCGUCCAGCCGGGCAGCGGGGAGCACUUCGACGGUGGGUGGAGGGAUGGGUGGGCUGAUGCGUGCAAGUGAGCACCCCGUGGCGGACGCCGUUUCUUUCCUGAGCGCGCUGGCGAAGGGGCUCAGUAGCAACAGCGUCGGCGCCCUUCCCUCCGCUGGCGCCGACGGUGCUGCUGCCGGAGGAGGAGGCAGUGGAAGCCACAGUGGCAUGGCCAGUGGGCGUCCCUCCUUUGGUUCUACGCCCCACACGCCGACGUUGCUGGCCGGCGGCUCAAACACGAGCUCCGUGCCGGGCAGCAGCGGCAACAACCACAGCAGCGCUAACGGUUGCGGCGCGCCCGCUGCGGUGUCGCCGACGGGCAUUUUCCUUGCACAAGUUUUUCUCCACGUGACGCAACGCGUGAUGCAGGUGGCGAGCGAGUGGGCCGGCAACGCCGCGGUGCGCGACACCGUCGGGCAGUACUUCCAUCAACUCAUCAACACCCUGCCCUUUGAUCUGCUGCAACCCUACGUGGAGCAGUACGUGUCGGUGUGCCUGAGUUGGAUGGAGGCGGUGCCGGAGCUGUCGAAGCUGCUGAGGUUGAUGUUUCAGUACGCCAACAAGGCCGGCAGCCGCGGCGUGCUGUCGGUGGCGCGACUGACGCCGCUGCUGUGGGGGCGGUUGUGCGCCGUCGGGGAGCUGAGCGAGGCCUCGCCGGUCGUCUGGAUGGGGGUGGUGAGUGAGAAUGCCCGUGAGCGGGUGAGCGUGUACAAGCAGUUCUUUACCUUCCUUUUCAGCGUCUCGACCUGGGGCUGCGUGGCGGCCUUUGCGCUGAUGCCGCCGUCCUGCUGGGUCUCCGUGCUACGUCAGCUGUGCUACGCGCUCACGCUGCCGACGGAGCUGGAGCUCCCCAAGUCGGCCCUGCAGGUGCUCGAGAAGCUGACGCAAGAGUUCGAUGACUCCGUCGCCUCCCAGGCCGCCGCCCUCUUCGCCACGUUCGGCGAUGGAAGUACCACCAUCGAUAGCAGUAGUACGGACAACGGUAUGCAUGACUCCAUCGCCGGUGUCGACGCUGCGACGGCGCCGCGCAAUCUGCAGGCCUUCACGGACUGUCUCCUGGGAGAGGCGCUCCCCACCGCGUGGAGCACGCUGAUGGAUAUCAAUUUUGACCUCGACGACGCCAAGAACUUUUUGUUGGUGGGUGAGGUGAUGCAGCUAUUCCGCCUCGCGGUGUCGCGCUACGGCGACGCGGCAAUGAUGGUGCUCUACGAGCGCAUAGCCCCGUACGUGGGCGACGCGACGGCGAGGGAUUGCUGCACGACGAUACGCGAUCAACCACGCGUCAACGCUGCCUUGAAGAUGGAAAUGAAGCAACUGCUUCGACGUGUGCAUGAGGGGCAGCGGCAGUCCCAGCUGGGGCCUUCUGCCUGA